CGGCUCGCCUCACCCCGCCCGGCCCGGCCCGCCCCGGCCGCCUCCUCGCUGCCGCCCCGGACCGGCGCGGCGCGGCGCUGCGCGGGCCGUUGCGGAGCGCAGGGUGCCGCCGGCGCUUUGCCUCGGGAGUCAGAUUGGCGCCUGCCUGAACUCUCAUCACAUAUGUGGAAGUGGCAUAUAGUUUGUGAAGAGUGUAUAGUGCAGGAAAGCAAGAGCAGCGUGAGCAGCAGUAUGUUCAUCUGAAUGCAAGUGCGUUCCUGCUUUAUGAUUACAUUCACCUGCAGUGUCUUUAAAAAAAAAAAAAAAAAAAGUAUUCUGUUUUGGGAAAUGUGCUGUGAUUUAAAAAGGAGGUUUUUACUCCUCUAUGCAACACAAAAGGGGCAGGCAAAAGCCAUAGCUGAGGAAAUAUGGCAGCAAGCAGGUGCCCAUGGACUUGAAGCUGAUAUACACUGUAUAAGUGAAAUGGACAAGUAUAACCUGGAAACAGAAAAGGAUCCUGUAGUUAUUGUUAUUUCCACCACUGGUACUGGAGAUCCACCAGACACCGCCCGCAAGUUUGUAAAGAGAAUUCAAGACACGACCUUGCCACCUGAUUAUUUUGCACAUCUCCAGUAUGGAUUGCUAGGUCUGGGAGAUUCAGAGUACAUGUUCUUUUGUAAUGGUGGAAAGACAGUAGAUCGACGACUUCAGGAACUUGGUGCUCAGCACUUCUAUGACACAGGAUUAGCAGAUGAUUGCGUAGGUUUGGAAUUAGUGGUUGAUCCUUGGAUUGAUGGACUUUGGCUUGCCCUCAAGGAAGCAUUUGUAUUGCAGAAAGAAAAAGAAGGCAUGAACGGUGUUGUCGAUGCUGAUUCUAGCUCUCACUCUGCAGCCCCACACAUUGUGCAUGAACUAAACUUAAGCUCAGAAGUACAGAACUUGAAGCUAGAAGAUGAGGGAGUGAAGAGUUCUGAUAUUCUGUCACAGAAACUGAUUGACAUCAAUCUUGUGGCUUCAGCUAGAGACAGUGAACCUUCACUUAUUCAUUCUGUCCCUCCUGUCUCUCAGUCUGCUCUGAAUAUUCCUGCAUUGCCAGCAGAAUAUAUAGAGGUACAGUUUCAGGACACCCAUGGUGAGAAUCCGCAUCUAUCCUCACUGAUUUCAGAGGGGACAGCCUUUGAAGUGCCAGUUACAAAAGCAGUUCAACUCACUAGAGAAGAUGCAAUAAAAACCACAUUGCUCUUAGAACUUGAUAUUGCAGAUACAGUCUUCGACUACCAACCUGGAGAUGCAUUCUGUGUAAUAUGUCCCAACAAUGUUGAUGAGGUGGAAGAACUUCUUCAGAUCUUGGGACUUUCUGAAAAAGCAGAGUCCUUUAUUUGUCUAAAGGUUAAGCAGGGCACUAAAAAGAAAGGAGCAUCUUAUCCACAACAUAUUCCUGAAAGAAGCACUUUGAAAUUCAUUCUAACCUGGUGUCUGGAAAUAAGAGCAAUUCCCAAAAAGGCAUUUUUGCGAGCUCUUGUAGAGUAUACCAGUGAUGCAGGAGAAAAACGGAGGCUACAAGAGCUUUGCAGUAGACAAGGAGCCUCUGAUUACACACGCUUUAUUAGAGAUUCUAAUGUUUGCUUGCUGGAUUUACUUCAUGCUUUUCCAAGCUGCAAGCCUUCAAUUAACCUGUUAAUCGAACAUCUUCCUAAAUUACAAGCCAGAUCCUAUUCUGCAUCAAGUUCAAACUUAUAUCAGCCAGGAAAACUGUGGUUUGUAUUUAAUGUUGUGGAGUUCCCUGCCUGUCCUGCUAGACCAGUCUCACGGAAAGGAGUAUGUACAGGGUGGCUUGCUGAGUUAGUUGCACCUCUACUGCACUGCAAUAAAAAUACUCUGGAUACAAAGGGAGGAAGCUCUUCAACUGAGAAGAUAUCUAUUUUUGCUCGUCCAAACAAUACUUUCCACUUACCUGCAGACCCAUCUGUCCCACUCAUGAUGGUUGGUCCAGGAACAGGAAUUUCACCAUUUAUUGGUUUCCUACAACACAGGCAGAAGCUCAGAGAAGAACAUACAGACUGGGAAUUUGGAGAGACAUGGCUGUUUUUUGGUUGUCGGCAUCAGGAUCGAGACUAUUUGUUCAAAGACGAGCUCAGAUGUUUUCUUGAAAAUGGCACCUUAACUCAUCUUAAGGUUUGUUUCUCAAGAGACUCUUCGACUGCAGAAGUAACCCAGCCUAAAUAUGUGCAAGAUGUCAUUAGGCUUUAUGCUAAGGACGUUACCAGAGUCCUGCUGCAAGAGAGAGGUUACUUCUAUAUAUGUGGAGAUAAGAAGCACAUGGCUGAUGGUGUAAAUGAUGCUGUAGUGGACAUUUUAAGCAUGGAAAUGGAAACCGACAAAUUGGAAGCAAUGAAAACCCUGGUCAUGCUCCGAGAAGCAAAACGAUAUUUGCAGGAUGUUUGGAGCUAAAUACUUGGCUUUUCCUAUGCCUUGAAACACAGAAAAGACUUUAUUUCACCAUAUGCUUUUGACUAAAAGUAAUCGUCAAAAGUGCUGUCUGUAGUCACCCAAAUCUUAAUUUUCUCUAUUGACCUUUCAAGCAGGAAUAUGAAACCUCUUACGUGUCAACAAACCAGGCUGCCUUUGGAAGUGUAUGGGGUUUUUUAAUGAUGUUGUAUUAAUGGGCUGUUUCAGUGCCUUGAUUCUCUCAUUUUAAGAUUGGUUUAAUGUAGAAAGUAAAAACUUCCAUACUUGUAGAAGUAUAAUUGUAUGUUUACAUUACAUCAUGUGGAUUUUUUUUCCUAUAAUGUAUACACAAAAAAGCUAGAGAGAUUAAAUAUGAUGCUGAUAAAUGAGUCAUCAAAUAUGUUACUCACUUUCCAAGAUUUAUUUGAACAUUUCCUAGAUACUUCCUGAGACUAUUCAUAUUUUUUCAGCUUGCACAAUGACAGUUACUGACAAAAGGAAUGAAUGAUCAGAAUAUUGCACAGAAAGGUUACUGCAUAAUUUCAACUCUAUAAAGUUUUCUUUAAAUAGUUAGCUUUGUCAUUACAUCAUAUCUCAAAAGUUUUGCUACACUCCAUACUAAACCUUAUUAGAUAUUCCUGCAUAGUUGUUUAAAACCUUUUUUUUCAUUCCUGUCUCUAAAAUAUAUGUGGUUUAAUUUAUGAGCAAACUCACCAGUUGGCUUGAAUUUGAUUGCUGGAGAAAUAUUGCUUAGUAAAUUCCUUCUCAGAUUACUAAACUAAUUUUUUUUUAAGUUGAAGACAUAGCAAAAUACAGUGUUUUGAAAGCAGUUGCCCCUACAUAUGACAAUCCACUGCAGAAAUCAAGUUGUUGAAAGCAAAUUGUUGAAGUAUCUGGUUUUCUUUCUAACAAAGGCCAUUUGGAGUGUAAAUAGUUGGAAGAGUGAAAGUAUAAGUAAUUCAUGCUUCUUUUCAGAUCCCUCCCCUCUUCACUCUGCUUUUUCUGCUUUCUAAACAUCCAUGUUGUCUUCUUGGUUCCUUGUCAUACUUAGAUCUUUAAAAAUAAACACAAAGCAUGAGGAAAUAAAUUUUAGACAAAUCAUUGUUUCCUGGGGAAAAUUAUUGUUUUGCCUGAUGCAUAAUCAGAACCAUAUCACUUUAUUCCAAAUCCUGUGGUUGUCUAAUGAUUAUUAGUUAAUUGGUAGGUAAACUUAAAAAAAAAAAAAAAAAAGGAAAAAUAUAGGUAGAAUAAAAAAUAUAGUUAGAAUAAAAUCGUGUUUAAAGAAGAAACAUUCUAGUGAAGUCACUGGAAUUAAGGUUUUGAUGUAACCUCUGUAAUGAUUAUUUAAAUAUCCUUGGAAGAGAUCAACUAAAAGCUUGUGCAGAAAUUCUUCAGCAGAGUGGUUAUAUCAAUCACUGUCAAGUAACCUCUACAGAAAUAGCUCCAUAGGGAGAGAUGGCUUACAGUAAUUGUAAACAGUGCAUUUUUUGAUCUUUGGCACAUAAGAAAUGCUUUUUUUUGAAAAGUACUCAGAUUUUAAACUUUAAUGGAAAUUACUAAGGUGUUACAAACAUCAACAUUUUGGAUCAGCCAGUCACCUUUACAUGUUUUUAAGAAUUAUUAAUAAAAGAAAAAAGCUAUCAGUAUUGCAGUAGUAAAAAUAAAUCAUUAACUACCUUCUGUUAACUGGAGUUUGUUUGGAAAUAGCACUUAUUGUAUCAUGUGUCUUCUUAGGAUUUAUUAUUUUCAGUGCUGCUUGGAAGUUCUUGGAGUUUACAGAAAAAUCAAUGUUUUUCUGACUGCAGGUUGCAGCUGUUCCCAGAUCUCUUACAGGUGCCGAUUGUUGUGUUACUUACAUACCACAGUACAGAAGUUGCGCUGACCGUUUUAGCAAUACUACAGGCAGUAGCCUAACACCUUUUGCAGUAGUAACAGUUCUGUCCUUUUCUGAUUGUGUGCAUUACAUUUGAUAGGACCUGGUAUACAACUGGUAUCCAUACAUUGCCCCUCUCCUGUUAUCAGUACUCUACAAAACUAAAACACUUGGUUUAUUUAGUAAUGUAGUGGUAAAUCCAUAGAGAAGCGUGUGAGGUUUAUUAUGAUCUCUUAGAACAACAAAAAAACAGUUGCAGCUUACUCUUUAAUUUAUAACUGCAUGGUGCAGAGCCCAAAGUUCAAACAAAUUAAAAUAACCCCAACAAAAACCGCCAUGCCUUACCUGAAGGAAGUAAUUUUGCAUUCACAUUCAGUGACACUGAACGAGCAGGAAAGGCAGGGAGGAAAGGUCUUCUGAGAUCCAGGAAUCAUGGAGGUGGAGAAGGCUUGCAAUAAGAACUUGUACGUUUUUCUCAAUGCAA